AUGGACUUCAAUCUUAAAAAACUAGCCAACGAUGCUAGCGGACUCUUCAGUAGGGCUAAGCAAGUAAGUAAAAUCUUAUUUUGAUUUAAACUUUUUGUUUACAAUACUGUAAAAGUUAAAAUUACGGUUAGUAAAGGGGGCGGUAAAUGAUAAAACUUUAAAAAUACAGCAACUUAUUGUUAAUAUAACUCCUGUUAACGCCUUAAAAUUAAAAUUUUAGUACACAGAAGAGACGUUUUUAAAAGCUGAAAAGACAGAACUGGAUCCACACUUCGAACAACUACUACAACGUGCUGAUAAGACUGAAGAACACACUAAGAAGUUGUUGAAUUGUAUCGAAAGCUACUUACAGCCUAAUCCAAGCAAGUUUUUUACAUUUUUAAAUUUCAUUUUUAGAAAAUUAUAUACACAUUAAAAAAAAUUCCCCCCCCCCCUUUUCCCGCUACCUAACUCCCAGUUCAAAAUUACCCUUCCCAUUACUGUCUACUGCUAACGACCGUUCAUUUUCAGCUGUUCGAAUGGAAGAUGUCUUUUACGAGAAGUUGGAAUUGAAGAAAGAAAGUCAUCGUGACAAUAACCUGGAGGCGUUAGGGAAGGCUAUGUUGGAUGCUGGGCAUGAGUUUGGAGCUACUAGCCUAUAUGGCAGUGCUCUAUUAAAGAUUGCCAAGACAGAAACAGCGAUUGGGCAAAGAGAAUCUGAAUUCAUAAAUACGGCGGCUACGAAUUGCCUUUUGCCUAUCAGAAGGUUCUUGGAAGGAGAUAUGAGGACUAUUCAGGUAGGUUAUAUAAAGUCUUUGUGAUAGCGCUUAUAAAAGAACAAACAAUUUAUUAUAAGAGAAAUGGCAGGUUUCGGCAAAAAGAAUGGCGUGUUUUAUGCUUGAUGAGAAAAUAAUGGCGCAUUUUAUAGUUGAUCCGAAAAGAAUGGCAGGUUUUGUGAUUGAUGCAAAAAGAAUGGCGCUCACAUUUCAUAGUCUAUAACGAGACAUUCUUUGUAGCUGUGCUGACUUUAACGAGAGCCUAUUGCAUAUAAAGUAACCGUAUGUUUUCAGAGAGAACGUAAAGUACUACAUGGUAAACGCCUCGACCUAGAUGCUAGUAAAUCAAAACUGAAAAAGGCAAAAACACUUGAAGCUAGUGCUGUCGUAAGUUUAAACUUGAAAUAUAUAUCAAAACUUUGAAGUCAUCCACGAUGAAAGCAAUCACAACAAAAUUAUUUACAAUUCUUAAAAAUAUUUUUUACUAUAUAUUACCCUUUUACUAUGGAAAAUAAAGUAAUUAUUACUGUUUUACUACGAACAACAAAUAAUUAUUUUAAAUUUUAAGAAAAACGCACCCUCAGGCGACACAAUCGAACAGGUGAAAAAGAACUCGAUAUUGUGUUGUUAUGGCUGUUGUUAUGUGCUAUGUAGUACCGUGAACAUAUUAAUAUAAUAUCGUAAACAAAAUACACUAUAGUUAUUGGUUUACGUAAUAUUCGUAUUUUAGGCAGAAGCAGACCUCCGAGUAGCACAAUCAGAAUUCGACAAGCAAUGCGAAAUUACAAAAUUGUUACUGGAGGGCAUUCAAACUGCUCAUGUAUGUCUUUUUUCGGUUUUUAAGACAGUGCAACUACCUUUACACUUUAUUUGAUGUUAGUUUUACUAUUUUGGAUAUAAAACGUGAUCUUAUAUCAAAUUUUUUAGAACAAUCAAUCAAAGUGCAUAAGAGACUUUGUUGAUGCACAGACCAGCUUCUACGCUUCGGCCCACCAACAGAUGGUAGAUUUACAACGAGAAUUGUCAAGGUAAUUUUUUAUGGUUAGAUUUUUGUUGAUUACUUAUAUAUAGUUUUUAAAGUAUUUUGUUGUUUUUUCUGUAAUUUUGGCACUUUUUCAAAAGUCCUCGGGCAUUUUGAAGAUUUUAAACGUCACGGUGACUGCCGUAAUGUCCAAGGACUUUUGAUAUGUUAUUAGCAAUGUUGGUUUAUUUCCGUAUAGUUCUACUGCACAUAAUUUUUAUUUUCACACUAUCUGUACAUAAAUGUAGUUUUUAACUAUUUUUCGUAGCUUUUCAAUGUAAAUCUUGGGUUUUGAUUGUUUUUACCGUUUCAGCGUCGGAAACUCUCCGGAUUCUGGAUUGGGCGUAGUUUAAACUGGCCGAAAAUACGCAUUUUGCAACACUUUAUUGCUCAGCAACACUUACCUUGUGCAUGUGAUGUCACAGUGAUUGUAUUAGUAUUUGUAAUUAUAUUACACUAGUCGUUUGUGAUCUUUCAACAGUUAUAUUUCGAAUAAAGUCUAAUUUAUUGUCACAAAAGUUUUUGUGGAUUGUAGACAAUUUAUUUUUAUAUCAGUGUACUAGAUUUGAAGAAACAAUAUUGUAAAAUACGGUUAUACUGUCAAUUUUUACAAAAUUUCCAAUUUAGCCCCGGCUCAGAUAUUGAAAUCGAGUUGAUUCCAAAUGGAUCCGAAGACUCUCUGAAGUCGUACAAUUCGUCAAAUUCUUCGAAAACUCGUCAGGCACGAGCUCUGAUGGACUAUGCUCCUCUUGAUAACAGCGAGAUCGAGUUGAAGGCCAACGAAGUUGUCAUCAUGUACAGUUUGCCAGGUAUGGACACUGAUUACGUAAUGGUGGAGAAGAUGGGGAAACGCGGAAAAGUGCCACUUACAUUCUUACAAGAGAUUUGA